AUGGCCUCCAUCGUCCUCCCCGGCGACGACGUCGAUCCGACCGCCCUGCUUCCGCCCGCCGACAAGAAGCCCCUCCGUCUGGGUCCCGGCCUGCGCGUCCUCCUGCCCGAGGGCCGUCUCGUCGCCACCGUCCCCGGGCUUCUCGCCGCCGAUCGCCGCAAGAACCUGCUCUGGGUUGAGGCUGGCGGCCGUGGCGGCCGCUACGCCCCGGCCACCGGCGAUCUGGUCGUCGGCCAGGUCCAGCAUGCUUCGGCCGACCAGGCCGUCGUCGCCCUGGCUGCACACGACGCGCCGCCGCUGCGGGCUGUCCUGCCUGUCUUGGCCUUUGCCGGUGCCUCGCGCAAGAACCGCCCGGACCUCCAGCCCGGCACGCUCGUCUACGCCCGCGUCGCCUUUGCUGCUCGCCACAUGGACACCGAACUCGAGUGCGUCGACGGCACCACCGGCAAGGCCGAUGGCCUAGGCCCCCUCCUCGGCGGCAUGGUCUUUGCCGUUAGCCUCCAGAUGGCCCGUCGUCUGCUCAUGGCCAGCUCUGCUGCCUCCGGCAUCGUCGUCCUCGAGGCCCUCGCCCAGGAGGGCCUCGCCUUUGAGACCGCCGUCGGCCGCAAUGGCCGUCUCUGGGUUCGCAGCGCUACCGCCACCGCUACUGCCACUGCCACCGCCGACAACAAACAACAAAAGCAACAAAAACAGAACAGCUCCCGAAAUGACUCCCACACUGUCAUCCUCGUUGGCCGCGCUGUCACCGCUACCGACGCCGGAAAUCUCGACCCCGCCCAGCAAAGAGCCCUCGUUCGGAAGUUCGUGCGUGGCGGCGGCUGA